UGUUGAACGCAAACGUCGCGCUGCACGCCGGGAAUCACUGGGCAACAGAAACCAUCCCUACUUUGUAAUACAUGGCUUUCUUUGUAAAAUAAAACAAGCCACAAACAAUAAAAGUAUCUUGUUUUGUCGGCCUUUCCGCUGGCUGAAUCAGCAGCCCAGGACUGAGGUGCAGCAUGGCUCACUGGACCGCCUUCGAGAAGGAGACGGAGAGAGAAACCAAGAAGCUGAUCAGAUGCAUCAGCGGGAUCGAUGAUGAAGAGGAGCAGAAUUUCCAGCUCGGGAUGAAAUUUGCGUCGUCAAAUUUCAAGUUUCACCGUUACCUGGAUGUUGACAGUCAUAAGGUUCAACGCAGUAUAAGUGGAAUUUAUGAAAAGCUGAUGGUCCACUCGGACCUUAGUAAAGCAGGAAGCUGGAUGAGACUGACAGAAGAGUUCCUGAACUCACCACUACCUAACACAGAGGGAGUAAAGACAGAUGUACACUACAGCAUGCUGUCUCUGCUGCUUUUGUUAUCGGGAUCCCCCUCAAAUACAAACUUUGUUGAGAGACCCCGGCUGAAGGAGGCUGAACCGGAGGACAACUUUGACUGGGCUAAAUAUUUGUUGGAGGAUGAGGACAUAGACAAUGAACCAUAUCCCGACACCCCUGAGUGGUCUGAGGAUGAGAGUCAGGAUGACGACAGUCAGCAGCCGAUGAGCAGAGAGGACUCUGGGAUCCAGUUGGACAGAACGCCUCAGGAGGAUCAGGACAACACCAACAAGACAGUUCCACUCACAUGGACAGUGGGUGAACCAGAUGCGCGGACGUGGCUUGAACAGCAUGUGGUGACGCCAUACUGGGUGGCUCAUGCUCCUCGCUUUCCUCACAGCUUGCAUUUACACUCCAACUUGCUCAAUAUUUGGGAUCAGCACUUGUAUAACACUGAUCCGCUGUAUCUGCCAGAAGAAAAGGCCUUUGUCACAGAGACCCAAGUAAUACGGGAGACAUUGUGGCUCCUCUCUGGUGUUAAGAAGCACUUCAUAUUCCAGCAUCAUGAUGGGAAGCUGUCGGUUAGAAAUAAUGUGGUGAUAACUCAUCUUACCGGUAACUGCCUUCACUCUGUGCUGGAGCAUAUCGCCGUCUACGGCCAAGCAGUGUUCAGGCUUCAGAAGUUCAUCGAUGAGGUGACGGGCUACAGCUCGGAGCCGUGUCCGCCGGGCUGCGGUUCUUCCUACAGCGCCAGGAAGGGCUCGGAGCCUCCUUUCAGGACCUACCAGGCGUUUGUGUGGGCGCUCAACAAGUACUUUACCAGCUUCAAGGAGGAGCUGACCACGAUUGAGAGGGAACUCAUAUGCAAUGAUGAGACGCUGACCCUUUCUGGAGUUCUGGAGCGACUGAGCCCUCACUUGGCUCAGAUCAAAGUACUGCAUAAAGUUUUCUGCACGGGGGUCGCUGAAGUCCCGCCUGCCACCCCGAAUGUCGUGCGCGCCUCUCACUUGCUCAACACUCUCUACAAGGCAAUCAUCGAGUACGACAGUGUCGGCGAAGCCUCAGAACAAGCAGUGGCGCUGCUGUUUUCUCUGUGGACAGAGACGGUCAGACCUUACUUGGAGAUUGUGGAUGAAUGGAUUGUUCAUGGCCACUUGUUUGACCCCGCCAAAGAGUUCAUCAUUCAGAGAAACAAGGAUGUUCCAGUAAACCACAGGGACUUCUGGUACGCCACCUACACAUUGUACAGUGUUUCAGAAACGGUUGAAAAUGAGGACAAGCUGAAUGACGCAGCCAGCGGAAGCUCUGGAGGGGAUCAGGGCGCCAGCAACAGGCAGCUGACCAUGGUGUCCUUCCUUAAACCCGUCCUCAAGCAGAUCAUCAUGGCUGGGAAGUCCAUGCAGUUGCUGAAAAAUCUGCACUGUAAAGAGACUGAGGAGUCGGAGGAAUCCUCCAGAGAUGCAGAGAGAAAGAGCUUAUACACCUUGUUUCUGGAGUCGGUGCAGUCACGCCUCUGCAGCCAAGAGGGGUCCCCGGUGGACGCAGUGACGGAACAGCAGGCCACUAAGAGGAGUCUGGUGAAGAUGCAGUCCAUCAUGGCGCAGCACCUGGAGAUGGACGAUGUCCAUGAUCCGCUGCUGGCCAUCAACUUUGCCAGGCUGUAUUUGGAGCAGAGCGACUUCCACGAGCGUUUCUCUGGAGGAGACUUCAUCGUGGACCGCUCAUCUCAGUCAGUCACCUGCCAGACGUUUGAGCUCACGCUGCGUUCCUGCCUCUAUCCUCACAUCAAGAGGAGGUACAUCGAGUGCUGCGGGAACCUGAUGAAGACCCUGAAAAAAGACUACAAGCUGUUGGAGUACCUGCAAGCGAUGAGGAACUACUUCCUGCUGGAAGCUGGAGACACCAUGUACGACUUUUACACAGCCAUUUUUGACAAGGUGCAGGAGAAGGAGAGCUGGCAGCAGCCCUCCUUUCUUAACGUGCAGCUGCAGGAGGCAGUUGGACAGCGCUGCCCAGAGGACAGUAGCAGGUUGUCAGUGUUUCUGGAGACCAUUGACCCUUCGAGGAAAAAGCAACCUGUGAACAAUUUAGAGGUCCUUACCCUGAGUUACAAGGUUCCCUGGCCUGUCGACAUUGUGAUCAGCUCUGAAUGUCAGAAGAUUUACAACCAAGUGUUUCUUCUCCUGCUGCAGAUCAAAUGGGCCAAAUACAGUUUGGACACACUUCGGUUUAGCGAUUUUACUGACGUCACGAAGAAACUAGAAGAGGUUCCAACGGAUGAAGUCAAGGUGAAAGAGUCAAUAAACCAGCAGAUUCACAGGAUGUGUCUGCUGCGAGUGAAACUGAUGCACUUCGUCAACAGUCUUCACAACUACAUCAUGACCAGGAUUCUGCACAGUACUGGACUGGAGUUUCAGCACCAGGUCCAGGAAGCAAAGGAUUUGGACCAGCUGAUUAAAAUCCAUUACAGAUAUUUGGCGACUAUCCAUGACCGAUGCCUUUUGAGAGAGAAGGUCAGUUUCGUGAAGGAGGCGAUAAUGAAGGUUCUCAACCUGGUCCUCAUCUUCUCAGACCGAUGGCAGGCCGGAGCUUGGAAGAUUGAGUCUAUUGAUAAAAUGGAGUCAGAUUUCAAAAACUGUCACAUGUUCUUGGUGACUAUACUCAAUAAGGCAGUGUGUCGAGGCUCAUUUCCUCACCUGGAGUCUCUGGCCCUCUCCCUGAUGGCAGGAUUUGAGCAGUGCUGAAUGUCCAUUCGUGCUUCCUCUUUAUCCACUUUGGAAAUGGCAUCAUUGUCUUAUCCUCCGUCUCGUCUCUUCUUGGACUGCUUUCAUUACCCCAGACGUUGCGUAACUUAUGAGGUCAGCGUCUCCUGCGACUCUUGGACUUGGAGAGGCCAUUGUCAAACAUGCUCCUCAUAAAUAUAAAUCAGCUUCUGUAUUUAAGAAAAUGUUUUUGUAAUUUUUAUAAAUAUAUACAGUCUUUCCUAUAUGUAUAUAUACUGUAUAUUAUGCGUAUGAAUAUAAAGCACAAUAAAAUUGCACAGUUACAGAGAUUAAACAAUCAUCAUUCUGUGUACCUGCGUAUUGCACAAUGAUAAAUGUUAAAUCAGGCUAUUGAUGAAAUCAACUUAUAUUGACUAGUUAG